AUGAAUAUUUAUGUAUCCCUUUUUUUAAUUAUAUUUUCAACAAUCAAUAAUGCCUAUUCCGUUGGGCUUAAGGGUAGAACAGCUGUAAAUCAUCCAAUAAAUAUAGCACACACAGAGAAGCAAUAUAAAUCCUUAUCACAUGUUGACGCACUAUGUGGUGAUUCCAAAAACUUUGUUUGUGAAACGAAAUAUAUUUGUAAAAAUGGAACCAAAGGAAAAUAUUGCUCUGAAGAUGGUAACGGAGUAGAAGGUGGAAACGGAAAUGGAACUGAAGUCGAAGGUGGCAAUGGAAAUGGAACUGUAGAAGGUGGCAAUGGAAAUGGAAAUGUAGAAGGUGGCAAUGGAAAUGGAACUGUAGAAGGUGGUAAUGGAAAUGGAACUGAAGUCGAAGGUGGUAAUGGAAAUGGAACUGAAGUAGAAGGUGGUAAUGGAAAUGGAACUGAAGUCGAAGGUGGUAAUGGAAAUGGAACUGAAGUCGAAGGUGGCAAUGGAAAUGGAACUGAAGUAGAAGGUGGUAAUGGAAAUGGAACUGAAGUAGAAGGUGGUAAUGGAAAUGGAACUGAAGUAGAAGGUGGUAAUGGAAAUGGAACUGAAGUAGAAGGUGGUAAUGGAAAUGGAACUGUAGAAGGUGGCAAUGGAAAUGGUAACGUAACUGGAAAUGGAAACCAUGAAAGAAAAUCUCCAAGGGAAAUUUUAGAAGAAUAUAAAAAAAGAAAACAAGGUAUAAUUGCAGGAUAUUAUGGAUCAUGGAAUAGCCAAGGAGCUGCUGGGAAGCAAAUGACACAUUCCAACCCACACGUAUCUGUAAUUUAUAUAGCUUUCGCCCGUAUAAAUAUGUAUUAUGAUGCUUCUAGACCAUAUAAUGGACUUCAAGGUUUUUUACAAAAAAAGCAUGGACUAGAAUUUGAAACAUAUGGUAUGAUGACUAAUGAAAUUAAACGUAUAAGAAAAGCCCGCCCAGAUGUAAUUAUAAUUUUAUCCUUAGGAGGAGAAACAUAUAUGCUAGAUAUAACAAAAGAAAUUGACUAUAUUCCUCAAAUAGUAAACAUGGUUAAUAAUUUUGAUUUAGAUGGUGUAGAUAUUGACUGGGAACCAAAUGGAAGUUUUAACAAUUUAAAUGAACUCGCCUUUUCAAAUUAUUACAUUAAAUUGAUUGAUUUAAUAAGAAGCAACAUUUCAAAAGAUAAGCUAAUUUCCAUAUCUGGUUCAUCAAACGCAGCAUUAUCAUGUGUAUCAGUACGAGAAACAUUUUGUAAAGAUGAAGAAACACCAUAUAAUACUCAAUAUUUAUCUGAACAAAUGAGCGUAAACCCUGAAUUAUACAAAGCAGCAACCAUGUUAUCCACAGGAACAUUUGUUAAUGUUUUUAAUACAUCAAAGGAUAAAAUUGAUCUUGUCUUUAUCCAAACAUAUAAUUUAGAAACAUCAAACCCAGAUAUCAUGCUUGAUAUGUAUUUAUCCCAUUUGUAUUUUGGACAAAAAUAUGAUAUAACUGUUUUCUUAGGUUUUUCAAUAGAACAAAAUAGAGGUGGAUUUAGUCCAGAUAACAAACAAUUAGUAGAAUUAGUAUCGAAAGCUAUACAUGAGAAUAAUCACAAAUUCAACAGAGCUGAUGGUGUAGGAAUAUGGCAUUUAUUUAUGAAAGAGCAAAUGCCUAAUGGAGCAUAUGAUCUAGAUGGUUUUGUUGCUAAUGCAUGGAGCCAUUUAAAUCCAGGAGUACCAUCACCAAUAGAUAUAGUUUCAACACCUAACCCUGAUGAUUGUAGCACUAUAGACGAAUAUGUACAAGGAAUCGUUAUUCCAAAUGUAGGAGUCUAUGCUAAACACAAUGAUGCCAUAUGGGUAACAAGGUCCUAUUCAACACGUGCACCUGGUAUUGACAGAUAUGAAUGGAACUUAGUAAAAGUAUGUUAUGAAAAAGCAUGUAAUAAUGAAGCUGCACAUUAUUAUAACGUUGACUACCCAACAGGAGCAAAGGUCGUUUGGAAAGGAGAAGUAUUCUCUAUUAAACAAUGGCAUGGAGGCCCACCAGAAGGUGCUUAUCUUGAAGCAUAUGAAAAAGUAGAUGAAUCCAGUUGCCCAGGAUUAGCAGAAUGGAAUGUGAAACACCCACAUAAACCACUUGAAGUUUUAGCUCCAUAUGUACCUGAAGUUGAUGGAUAA